CACUGGCAUUGCAUUUGGUCGAGGAUGCACGUCCGACCGCUGCUUUGGGCCAUUGCUAGCUUUCUAUUGACGGCGCGACGUGCCGUUGCCACCACCAACACAACCGGAUUGUGUGGCGAGAAGGAACCUAUCCACACGGGGUACCUGAACGAGCUGUAUUAUGUCUUUUAUGAAACGCGCCAAUUUCCAAGUGACCAUACGCCGCUCGUGAUAUGGCUGUCGGGUGGACCAGGGUGCUCGAGUCUUGUCGGCAUGUUGUUUGAGAACGGUCCUUGCUCGGUGGGCGAGGAUUCAUCCGUGGCAAAAAUCAAUCCGUCGUCCUGGACAAACGCUGCGCACAUGGUUUACAUCGACCAACCGCGCGGCACGGGAUUCAGCCCUCCUCGCAUCGACAGAGAGAACUGGUACGAGUCCGAUGUGGCGGCUGACCUUGUGGGUUUUCUCGACGCGUUUUACGAUGCAUACCCAUUCCUUGCCACGAACGAUUUGUAUGUCUUUGGCGAAAGCUACGCUGGCCAUUACGUCCCGGACUUUGUCUUUGCCUUGCUGCAUCGUCCAGUCAGUGUCGCUACGUCUCCCCACGCGGACCAAAUCGUCAAGAAUUUGAAGGGCAUGGGGAUCGGAAACGGACUGACAUCACCGUCUGCAAUGUAUGGAACUGCUGGCGAAUUCGCUGAAGGCUUGACGAAAGGCCAAAUCAAGGCUUCGGCACCAGACACGGUUGCCCAAUGUUACGAUGGUAUCGAGAGGUGUCAAGUGGCGGUGCACGGUGGAUUUGGCGAUUGCUCGAAGCUCGGGCCUUGCGAUCACCUCAUGUCGGACCUCCUCGUUCAAGCCCACGCCAACAAUCUCAACUAUUACGACCUGCGUGCCCAGUGCCACAACGAUGACUUGUUCAAGCUGUGCUAUCGAUUCACUCCCUUGUACAACUUUUUGAAUGCUCCGUCGACACGUGCAACUCUGGGAAUCCAAGGCAAGACGUGGAUUCCAUGCAACCACGACGUGUUUACGCACUAUGCGCGAUUCGACUACUUCAGCGAAAGCGAAGUAAAAGUGGCCAACAUCUUAGACCAUGGGAUUCGAGUCCUCAUCUACGCUGGCGACCAAGAUAUGGUUUGCAACUGGAAGGCGCAGGACAAAUGGACGAAAGACAUGGUGUGGACCCACCAAACUGCCUUUGCACAGCAACAGCUUGGUACCUACGUGUACAACAAGGCUGCAGUCGGUGAAAUGCGGCAGUACGACGGGCUGAGCUUCUUGCGAGUGUAUCAAUCUGGCCACAUGGUGCCCUUUGACCAACCUGAAGUGGCCCUCGACAUGUUUGCUCGAUUUGUGACGAAUCGCUUAUAGGUCCAAAUACUCGGAUUUUCUUUGAAAUUUUUACCGAAAAUGGAGCCAUCCUUCACCACAUGAAACCAAACGACGGACAUGUUGCUGGAAACGUGGUACAAUCUGUU